AUGCUUUUCAACUGUCCAAAGAUCUAUUAGCACUCUUCACCUUCAUCGCAAAAUCAUAUUUCACUACAUCCAACUAAACCAAUCAUUGCCUAUGAAUCAUCAUAAAAUCUUGAGAUUAUUAAUUUCAAUCUCAAGGGUCUAGUGAUUUGUAUAAAUAUUGGAGAAGACAUCAAUCAGAUUGAAUUCACUCCUUGUGGAACUUAUGUUAUGAUAGUUACUUUGUAAAAUGGCUCGCCUUCUCUUAUUUUGAUUGACUAUGAGAAAUAAACUAAAAUAUGUGAACCAAUAUAAGUAUUCAAUUGCGAUAAAAUAAGAUUAACACCUAAUAAAACUAUAAUGGUGCACUAUUCAUAUUCUAAAGUUAAGCAGAACCAGAUAAAGUAUAUUCUUAUACUACAAUCAUAUACUCUUAAAACUAAAGCGAAUGGAGGCUAUUCUAUGCAUAUUUAUGAGCUGGAACCUUAAAAUGAUAAGAAAUUUAGCAAUUCAUUUAAUCAAUACAUAUCAGGAGGUGAAAGUCCAUUGAUGUUGUAUGUUCAAGAAUAAUAUAAAGACCCUCUUUUGAAAAACCAGGUCGGCUAGACUAGAGUUCUUUUAGCAGAAAAUUAAACUAUAAAAACAGUCGAGAUCGAUUAGGAAGCACUAAAAGCUAGAAUCAUCAAAUAAGUGCGAGGCGGAUUGUUAUAUGAGUAAAAACAUCAUGAGUAAAAUGGAAAGUUUACAGUAUUCUGUAUAAGAAAUGCAAUCCUCUAUAGUGGAUGUGAAAAAGGCUCAAUAGUAGUAUUUGAUUUAUUAAAUGGGUAGUUUAUUAAGCAAAUUCCAUUUCAGCCAAAACUAUUGAAGCCGUACUUCAUAGAGUAUCAUAAAUAGCCUCUGAGAGGAGUUUUAAAAAUUUCGAUUAAUAAAAAUGAUUAGCUUUUGACAGUUUUUAAUGAUUUCUCAUAUUAGCUUUUGGACUAAACUUCUAAGGCUAUUUUCAAAUAUCAUUAAAGCAUACCAGGAAACAUAUCGAGUCUAAAAUUCUUACCUUUAGAUAAAACUGAUUGUUACUUCGCCAGUUCUGACAAUAACUAAAUACUAAUCUACCAGAAGAAUGAAAUAAGUUUUCAGUAUGAGUAUCAUAUACUAAGUCUGAAUGAUAAGGCCUUUAAAUACUUUGACAUAGAGGACUAAUUGAAUUUUUUAGCAAUCGCCAAUGAUAAGAAUAUAAAGACUCUUGAUCUUAAGGAAUUCUAGGAGACUAAUACCUAUGAGAUAAAGGAUUAGAAAGAGGGGUUUAAGUUGAAUGAUUUUAAGGUUAUAGACACUGACACUUUCUUGAUUAAAAGUAACAAGGACAAUUAAAUUCUCAAGGUCAUCAAUCAGGAGCUAGUUAGUAUCUAUAAAGUUGAAAAUUCAGAUGAAAAAGAUCUAAACAAAGUCAGUAUACUUUCUAAUAACUACACAAGUAGUUCACAAGACAUUUAACUAAUAAAAUAGAGUAGACGAGACUUACUAGAAUUAUAUGAAAUCAUAAUAUAUCAAGAUCACCUUUUAAGUUCGUCACUUUAACUAUAUCAUAUAGAGGGUAAAAUAGUAGACUAUUAAAUCCAUCAUCCAUCAAGCUAGUACUUAAUUGUAUUAAGCAGUGAUGGGUAUUACUACAUAUUCGAUGUAUAAAAUGGAGACAUCAGAGGAAAGGUUAAAAUAAGCAGUGAGUCUUAAAGAAUGCAAAUAGACCACUCAGGACUUUACGUAAUGAUUCAGUAUGCGAAGUCUAAAUUAUCUAUCUAUGAGAUAGCUACUGGCGUUAAAGUAUUUGAUUAGUCAACUAAGUUUUCUUAAAUUGGAGAAUUUAAAUGGUCUAGAAAUCAUGAAGAAUUCAUUGUAACGGAUAAAAGCAGACUAAAUCUAACUAUAUACUAAUUAGAUCAGAAAAUAUCUUCAAAAAUCCUUCGAGUCACAGGUAUGAUGCAAUUAGAUUCACAAUUCUGGAACAAAUAUCCAAUUCAACUACAGACUACUAAAGAACUCUCAGAUAAUGAGAGGCAAAUUCUGAGAAAUUUAAAAAAGCAGGAGGAUACUUAGAAUCAAAGCAAUUAUCAUCCAUUUCUAGACAAAUCAAUAAGGCAAGCUACUCAAUAUCUAAACAAGUCCAUGGAGAGAUAAAAUUAAUUCAACAUCAAUUAUGAUGCUAGAUCAACUAAAAAUUCUGGAAAUAAAAAUGACUAUUUGCAGAAUUCCAAAAUAAUGGUUGAUGAUAGGGUAAGCAUGCACAAGUCAGAUGUGUAUUCUCAAUUUAAUGAUAGACUUCAACAAUCCAAGUAACAGAGUGUGAACUACUCUGUUUUGACCUAACCACCAAAAUCAUACUAUUCCUAGAGUAGACCUUAGUCUCGGUUUCAGAGAGUGUAUUAGACUGAAUUCAUGAAUAACUCUUAUAAAGAUACUCUUAAUUAUCCUAUAAAAUAACAACAGCCAAUUUUACUAUAGCAAUAGAUGUACGGAAAUCAACAUCUUGAGUAGCAGCAGUAUUAAUAGUUUACGCAAUUUUAUCCAUCCAGUCAAACUGUAGAUCAAGAUAUUUAUGGAACAAUUUAACCAACGAUUUAAGUCUCCUAAUAAUAUCAAUAGCAGCCUAUUAGAUAUGUAACUUAGUCACAAUCAAUGCUCAGCUAAUAAAAUCCAUUGGACAUUUAAUUAAAAGAAACUGAGUUGAAAUUUUUAAGACCCCAUGCUAAGACAUAAAUCAGUGACUUAUCUGAUGUCAGAAUACCUUAAGAAGCAAUAUCUACUAUAGCCCCUGCUGAAACAAAUCCUAUUCUGUAUGCAAAUUCCCUCAAUUAAAAUUAACCAUUAAUCAUACCUUAAAAUGAAAAAAUCCCUAUAAAAGAUUAAAUAUUGGAACUUACUAUUAAUCAAAGAGAGUCAUCAGAAAAAGGUUCAGUUAAAAAUUUAGUCCUGGAUAACCCUUAACUGAAUACCAUUCAAUAAAUUGAGACCAUUUAAAGUUAAAAAGAUGAUUAUGUAAACUUAUAAACACCUAAGAAAAACCUUAUUGAUGAACUUUAAAAGUAGCCUAGUAAUGCAUUUCAAGACUCAAUGCGAGAGAACUAAUAAUAAUCUAAUUAUGGAGUUGCUGAUGAUCCAGAGGAUAUUGAUGCAGACAUCGAUGAUGAAGAUCAGAAUGAAUGA